GAACUACGCCACGAGGGGCGGGCCGAAGAGAGGCGCAGGCGCAGUGCGUGGCGAGUCUCGGGACACCCCCCGCCUCCCCUCUUCGCGGAGACCAUGGCGCUCAACAAGAAUCACUCGGAAGGCGGCGGAGUGAUUGUCAACAACACUGAGAGCAUCCUGAUGUCCUAUGACCACGUGGAACUAACAUUCAAUGACAUGAAGAACAUACCAGAGGCUUUCAGAGGGACCAAGAAAGGCACCAUCUACCUUACUCCUUACCGGAUCAUCUUUCUGUCCAAGGGGAAGGAUGCCAUGCAGUCCUUCAUGAUGCCGUUUUAUCUGAUGAAGGACUGUGAGAUCAAGCAGCCUGUGUUUGGUGCAAACUACAUCAAGGGAAUGGUGAAGGCCGAAGCAGGAGGUGGCUGGGAAGGCUCCGCUUCCUACAAGUUGACCUUCACAGCAGGGGGCGCCAUCGAGUUUGGACAGCGGAUGCUUCAGGUGGCCUCUCAAGCUUCCCGAGGCGAAGCCCCCAAUGGAGCCUAUGGGUACCCUUACAUGCCCAGCGGGGCCUAUGUCUUUCCCCCACCAGUCGCCAAUGGAAUGUACCCCUGCCCUCCUGGCUACCCCUAUCCACCGCCCCCACCUGAGUUCUACCCAGGGCCUCCCAUGAUGGAUGGAGCCAUGGGCUACGCGCAGCCCCCGCCGCCGCCCUACCCCGGGCCCAUGGAGCCCCCUGUCGGCGGCCCUGAGGUCCCCUCCACCCCGGCAGCCGAGGCCAAGGCCGCGGAAGCAGCUGCCAGCGCCUAUUACAACCCUGGCAACCCACACAAUGUCUACAUGCCCACGAGCCAGCCUCCACCACCACCCUACUACCCCCCAGAAGAUAAGAAGACGCAGUAGACCCCACCUGCCCCCCUGCCUCUCCCCCUGGGGCGGGGCGGGAAGGGGGCGUCUGUAGGGUCUUGUUCUUCCCCCACCUAAUCAUAAACAGCAGGAAUGAGCGAGGUGGGAAGGGCGUGGCCCCCUGAACUCUAGAGGCGCACCCCAGCUUCCCAGGCUAGCUCGGCCCCUAGUGCUGCUUCCCCCUCGCUGUCUCGGGGGCUCCCGGGAGCACGCGCUGUCCCCCGGUUCCUCUUUCACUCUGAUAACAUCACAGCUCCACUAGCGCCUUCCCACGGAGGGACUCUCUGGCCACCUCCUCCACUGCAGUCCAGCCCCUGGUGCCUCCCAGGCGACACGCAGCCAGCACUGCCCCCCAGACCCCGCCCCUCCUCCAGCCGGGCCCGGGCCUUCCUGCCUCCCACGUGGAUGGAUUUGGGGAGCAUCACCCUGAGCUUCUGUGUGAGGAAGCCCUUUUGCCCCCCACGCCCACCCCUUGGAAUGUCUUAAUUUGUUACCCCCCUUGGGUCUUCCCACGUCGAGGGGCUCCCUGAGGGGAGCUGUUCGGUGCAUGUCUGGCCCACUAUGCCAGUCAGACGCUAUGGGUGGGCUGUGAACAAGGGCUCCGGCCCUCGCGUCCCCAGAAUCUGCUGCCAGCCCCUCGCCUGCCCUUCCUCAAAGCUUCACGCCCCCUGGAUGCAGUGAGAUCUGUUCCUGGACUGGCCACCAAAUGAGGAGAUGGUUAUUUAAAGAGAAUUCCCUAUUUAUUUGACAAAAUCCAGUUAAUAUAUUAAUGUGAAAUAAACCCUGUUUGCACCUUGGAUUUGUUUGCUAAAACUGUGAAAUAGUAAAAACGGAAGCAACUGGA